UCUUGAAGUGUGGCGGAAGCGUCAUUUGACGAUUUCCGGAAGUACGGUGUUGGUAAAGUUCCAGCUGGGUUAGUGUUAUGGUUCAGCAGAGCUGGUGGUGGUGAAUCAUGAGUGUGUUCGACCUGUUUCGAAGGUUCUUUGAGCCGGGGGUCAGAAGAGACCCUUUCUUUGGGGGAAUAACUGAAGACGACGAUGAUGAUGAAGAUGACGAUGAUGAUUACCCCUUUGGUCAAGUACCUAGGCAUGAUUUUGGAUUUUCGUUUGGUCACAACCACUCCCCAUUUCAUGGUGCUUUUGGAUUUGAAGAAUUUUUCAGGGAUUUCAAUGAACUUUUUGCAGACUUUGGAGCAAUUACUCGUGGAGUUCCUGAGCUUCCAGGGAUUGAACCUCCUCUUCAAAAACAUGAUGGUUCCAGGGCAAAGUCACUGAGAGAUUCAAUGCUGAAAUACCCUGACUCCCAUAUUUCCAGAGAACAAGACACAAAAUCUAAAGAACCCAGCACUCGCAAUAGUCCAAAGCUCCCAGGGAUUACACCAUGGCCACGAUAUAGAUGGGAAGAUGAUCCAGGAAAAAUCUUUCAAGAAGAUAUAAAACAAGACAAAGACCUUGACUCUGAAGUUUCAUCACAAGGUUUGGACACCAUUCUUAGACCUUCACCCCCAAGGUCUUCAUCAUAUUUCCAGAGUGUGUCAGUUUCCAGGAUAACAAGACCUGAUGGGACUGUAGAAGAGAGGCGCACUGUGCGAGACGGCCAGGGUAACAUAACCACCACAGUGACAAUUCAGAGAGGUGAUGAGGUUCUCAGCAGCAUAACUCAUGACGGAGACCGUAUGGAACCAACACAAGACCAAGCUCAUGCACCAUUGGAUUUCUCAGACUCUCAGACUGUGAUAAGCAGAUUUUGGCAGAAAUGGUUUGCCAGAGAUAGGUAAACCUCAUAUGCACAGUCUGCAGUGUGUUUUGGGGUUUUUUCCCUGUACUUUUGCAAAGAUGGACGAGGACAAGCUCAAAAGUGCAACCAAACAUUUAGAACUUUUAAAUUCAGCAAUCUUUAAUAUUGGCUAAAACUGACAUUUUUUUACUUUUGUUCGAGAAUGAGUUUAUACUAUGAGGGAUACCUAUGAUACCUAUCCCUUAAGAAAACUUCUCUAUGCUUAAGGUAUCCAAAAUAUUUUGAGCCUGAUCUGUCCCCAAGUAUAUACUGGACCUUCUGCAUGUUAAAGAGGAAGACUGUGUCCACCCCACAUUCAUGGACAAACAAUAAAUUUUAUAUGUGAA